CGCAGGCCACAAACAAACUAAUUGGUCUAAAUCAAGAUGGCGACCAAGAUGGAGGUGGAUGAAACUCCGUCGACAAGCGGCGAUGAAAGCGGCAGUAAUUCCGUCAUGGCAUCCAGCGGAACGACUGGGAGUGUUUCUGUGGCUCUACAUCCACUAGUCAUCAUGAAUAUAUCCGAACAUUGGACUAGAAUUCGGGCACAGGAGGGAAAACCGACCCAAGUUUUAGGUGCUAUCAUUGGCAAGCAGCAGGGACGAAACAUUGAGGUGUUCAAUUCCUUUGAGUUGCUCUUUGAUUUAGUGUGUGGCGACAUCAUUGUGGACCGAGAGUACUACAACACCAAGGAAGAGCAAUUUAAGCAAGUGUUCAGCGAUCUUGACUUUCUUGGCUGGUACACCACCGGGGGACCAUGCGAUGCCUUGGAUAUCAAAGUGCACAAACAGAUUUGUGCAAUCAAUGAGAGCCCCAUUUUUCUGAAGUUGAAUCCGUUGGCGAGACACACGGAUCAACUACCCAUCAGCAUCUACGAGUCAGUGAUCGACCUUGUCAAUGGGGAAGCCACAAUGCUUUUUGUCGAGCUCCCCUACACACUGGCUACGGAGGAGGCCGAGAGAAUCGGCGUGGAUCACGUGGCCCGGGUCACGACCAAUGAAACGGCUGAAAACUCCUCAGUUCAAGAACAGCUCACGGCACAGCACAGUGCCAUCAAGAUGCUGCACAGCCGCGUCAAGCUCAUUCUGGACUACAUCAAGGCGGUCCAGGCCGGGGAGGUCCCGCACAACCACGAGAUACUCCGCGACGCCUACAGCCUGUGCCACAUGCUGCCGGUCCUCAGCUCCGAGAGAUUCGACACGGACUUCUAUAAUCAAUGCAAUGACGUAUCCCUGAUGGCUUACUUGGGCACCAUUACCAAGGGAUGUAACACAAUUAACCAGUUUGUCAACAAAUUCAACGUGCUGUACGACAGGCAAGGCAUGGGUCGGCGCAUGAGGGGGCUAUUCUUCUGACAGGAUGAGCCACAUACUGUAUGUACAUAAACGCGCACAAGCUUGUAACAGAAAACAGGGGUCCUGCCUCGUUGGGAUAGCAGUGUGUGCUUCAUUGGUGAAUCAUCUAUCCCAUAGAGCCUACGUACUCGUAGUAAAGGCUGGUUUCCAUAAAAUGGCAAGACACAAAGAAGGUGUGUAUUGUCCCACCAGAUUGGGCUGACGGUGAUGUCAAGUCAGCAGUAUCUAAGACCAUGGAAUCAUCAUUAUGUACACCAUUGGUACUCUGUUACCAGUACCAGCAAUGAGUUCAUGUCUGGUGCCCAGAGUUGUUUAUGUUGAUAAUUUAACACAGCCCUACUCUGGAAUAUAGUGUCAGAUUUUGCAUUGAUUCGGCUAUUGAAAUGUCGCUGCAUCAGCAAUGAUUAGUUGUAUACAGUGUGCAUGUUUGCACACAACACUGUGUUUGUAACUUUUGAGUGUCAGUUUUCGCAUUGUCUGUGACCUUUCUUGCAUCACUUGCAAGGGUCGGGAAGCUAAGCUGUAAAUUCAUAAAUUCAAUGAGAAAUCCCAUAGAUUGGAGGGGUGAGAUUGACCAAUGAUAAAAAUAGCUGAAAACAGCUGAAAAAAGGCAUAAAGAAGCUAGUAAAACACAGCCACAGCCAGUACACGGCCAGUGAGGAAAAAAAGCUAAAAUCCCAAACAAAAAAAGCUGAAAUCAGCUAAAAAGCUGAGAAAUCUCACCCCUGAGAUUGGGUUCAACUCUUUACACAUCUCUCCUUAUACAAAAAUCUGGUGUGUCAAAUCCCUCAAGAACAAUAACCAUUACUUGCAUCGUAGUUGCAGGCAUUUUUGAGCACCGAGUCAAGCUUUCGGUCCUUGGCAUUAUCAACUGGCGUUGGAGUCCAGGUUCAUGGUUUUUCACUUGGAAUUACUCUUGACCUGACUCAAGACUCCUUAUGAGAACAUCCAAUUCCGUAAUGCCGGCAUUCAAAUUUUUGGUUUCAAAACUGAAGACUUCCAAAUGACCACAAGUCAGAGAUGAAAGCAAAGUUUGAAAGUGUCACUCAAUAUACCAUAUCCAGUAACGGCACUUCUAACAAAUUGAUAUCACUUUAUGGUAGGACAUGUAAUUCCGUGGUGUUAUUUGAAUCAACUUAUUGCUCAGUUAUGAUCCUUCUGUGUAUUGGACAUCUAACUGUCCUCUGUUGAGCAUAAAUCACAUUUGUGUGUGGUUCAACCAGUUUGCUCCUAUUUCUGACACAUUAAAUGAAUGUGACAAGGGCUGAUAUAUACAU